CUAAAGCCAUUUUUCUCAUUUUCGGUUUUCUAAAAGCCUGCCUACUGGAUUUAAUCUACUGUUCCUCUCACGUUCCUUCCUCUGUCUUCACUUUCUCUCUCUAGCUCAUCGGAAAACGUCUCGUUUUCGCCGGAAAACCGCCAUCGUCGUCAGCUAACAGCUUUGCCGGAGAAUUUUUCGCGCAUUUAAUACCUUGUUUGCCUUUCGGAUUUGUUUCUCUCGUUGGUGAGAGAGUUAGCAGACUUCGACGCUAGAAUCGUUCUGAUCUUCGAGUUUGGCUCGGUUUGCGCUGUUUCGAGAGAAUGUGGCGAGCCUAAGGCCUUGUUUGUGGAUUUUAUCGCCCUAGAUCGUGAUCUAGGGCUCUGUCUGUAUUGUUUCUUUUUUUUGCUUGUUUCUUUUGGGGCUGGUUUUUCGGCGACGAGUGAGCUAAGACGGAGUUGAGUAUAGAACAGCUUCGGAAUGAGAUGGUGGAAGGAAAAGUUUGCAUGUCAAGGGAAGUUAAAUUGGAAUUCUUGAAGCGGAAAAGGCUUCAACGUAUGAAGUCAGAAUCAAUGAAUGAUUUUGCAUGUUCUGGCAACAUGAUGAGCAGAAGUGGAGGAGAUGCUCUAAGAGCACAUGCAACUUGUGGUGUGAGAAUUCCUGGUAGCUUAGACACAUAUCCACAGUCUGCUGCAAUGUUAAAUGGAAAAGAUGCUUUCUCAAAACACAGGGUUUCAAAGUUUGAAACAUCAAAUCUUGAUUGGAUUGACAAGAUUCCGGAAUGUCCAAUAUAUUAUCCAAAGAAGGAGGAGUUUGAGGAUCCUUUAGUUUAUCUGCAAAAGAUUGCUCCAGAAGCUUCCAAAUAUGGUAUAUGCAAAAUUGUGUCUCCCAUUACUGCUUCUGUUCCUGCUGGUGUAGUUUUAAUGAAAGAGAAAUCCGGUUUCAAGUUUACAACUAGAGUGCAACCACUUCGGUUAGCUGAAUGGGAUAUGGAGGACAAGGUCACUUUUUUUAUGAGUGGAAGAAACUAUUCAUUUCGAGAUUUCGAGAAAAUGGCAAACAAGAUUUAUGCUCGAAAGUAUUGUAGUGCUGGAUGCCUUCCUCCAUCAUACUUGGAAAAAGAAUUUUGGCAUGAAAUAGCUUGUGGAAACACUGAGAGUGUUGAAUAUGCUUGCGAUGUUGAUGGUAGCGCCUUUUCAUCUUCUCCAAAUGAUCAGCUUGGAAAAAGCAGAUGGAACCUUAAGAGAGUCUCUUGGCUACCUAAAUCCAUAUUGAGACUUCUUGGAAAAACAAUUCCGGGAGUUACUGAACCAAUGCUUUACAUUGGAAUGCUAUUUAGUAUGUUUGCAUGGCAUGUUGAAGACCAUUUCUUGUACAGUAUAAAUUAUCACCACUGUGGGGCUACAAAAACUUGGUAUGGAAUUCCUGGUCAGGCAGCACUUGAUUUUGAGAUGGUUGUCCAGAAGCACGUAUACACCAAUGACAUUUUAUCAGUUGACGGAGAGGAUGGAGCUUUUGAUGUCCUUUUGGGGAAGACAACAUUGUUUCCUCCUAAUAUCUUGUUAGAACAUGAUGUUCCCGUCUACAAAGCUGUGCAAAAUCCCGGUGAAUUUGUUGUGACAUUCCCUCGAGCAUAUCAUGCAGGGUUUAGUCAUGGUUUUAACUGUGGUGAGGCUGUGAACUUUGCAAUUGGUGAUUGGUUUCCUGUGGGUUCAAUUGCUUGCCAUCGUUAUGCCCUUCUUAAUAGGGUUCCCCUCCUUCCUUAUGAGGAGCUUCUCUGCAAAGAAGCAAUGCUUCUAUCUAGGAGUUUGGAACUUGAAGAUCAUGAGUAUGUAAUGGAAGAAAUGAAGUCUCACCUCAACAUAAAAGCAUCUUUUGUAAAUUUGAUACGGUUUCAUCACUUUGCCCGGUGGUGCCUCAUGAGAGUAAAAGCAUGUACAGAGAUAUGUUUAGUUUCCCAUGGUACCAUUCUUUGUAGCAUAUGCAAACGUGACUGUUACAUGGCAUACAUUAAUUGCUCCUGUUCAUCACAUGCAGUCUGCCUUCGCCAUGAUCCUUGGUCACUUGAGCUACCAUGUGGCAGCAAUAGAACCCUUUGUUUAAGAGAAGAUAUUUUGGACAUGGAAGAUGCAGCUAAGAAGUUUGAGCAUGAGGAAGUGGUGUUGUAUGAGGUUCAAAAACUUCACAAAAAGAGUGAGGAUUUUUAUAUCCUUUCAAACUUGUUUCCGAAGGUAGAGGACAAUGAUUAUAUCCCUUACUGUGACUUGAAUCUUGAAUUGCCUGGGGAAACAGAGAGUGAGUUAGAAAGGACAGUUUGCAAGACUCUGUUGAGUAUGGACACAGGAGCUUCUGUUUCUGAAACUCCAGUUCCUAAUUCUUCUGAUCAUUUUUUAAGUGCCCAUACGGAAGUACAGAGCUCAGAGACUAGACAUAUAGUAGAUCAAGAUGACGAUGAUGAAUCUGAUACAGAAAUAUUCAGGGUAAAGAGACGAUCUAGAUUGUUGCAUAGAAGUCCUCAUGAUACCGUUUCUUUCAGUAAUGAGCACCAGGGAUUCAAACGGCUAAAGAAGCAUCUAUCAGAUGGACGCUCUGGGAAAUUUAAUACUACACAGUGUUCUCUUGCUGAUGGCAGAAGUUACACUUCAAGCGCCAUUCCUAAUCACUCCAAGGAAGAUCCGUACUCUGCUCUGAGAGACAGACCACACAAAGGUAGUGUAAUACCCAUUUCAAUGAAGUGCAAGAAGUUGGCAAACGAGGAACCAAUGGUGAAGCAUAAGAAAGAUGACAGUAUCCAGCAUGGGUCAGGGAGAACUGUUAGGGAACCAUUACCCACAGAGACAGGGCCAAAGCGACUGAAAGUCCGAGGUCCAUCAAUCUUAGGAAGAAUGAGCUGAGUGAACCUGACUUUUGCCUAACGCAUUUGCUAAUGGGGAUCUAACAAAAUGGUAAAGGCUAAAAUUAUAAUCUGGACAGCAGCAGCACAACUUUUAACCAAAACUUAGGUUAAAGACAGAUAUUCUUUGUGCAGGCCUCUAAAGUGGGGCAAUUUGCAUGCUGGUGAUUCUUAUAGUGUUGUCGGGCUGAGGUGUUUUUUCCGUAUUUCACAGGAGAACCCCUUUGUCCUUCCCAGUAGCUGAACUUAGAUUUUGGGUUAACAACUUUUGAUGUACAUUUCCUUGACAAUUCUGAUUCAUUCUUGUGGGGGGUAAGGUAGGGUUACUUCCCCACCAGCCCUUGAUUUGACAUCA